AUGGAAUGGAAAGAAUUGCAGAAGAUGUUAGAAGAACAUUAUGCUCCUGCUGCAUCAUCACUGGCUCACCGACUUGACUUUUACCGCAGAGAACAGAAACCAGGUGAGACCAUAAAUGAUUACCUUACAAACCUACGAGAUAUUGCUGCAGGCUGUGAGCUUGAAAAUGUGGAAAUAACUUUAAGAGAUAGUAUUAUCGUUGGAAUGAGAGACCUGAGAUUGCAAAGGAAGCUGAUAACUAAAAAGAGCAUCUCUUUAAAAGAAGUAAUAGAGGAAGCCCGAGCAGCAGAAAUCUCAGAAAAACCAGCAGCAAAAAUUGAGAAGUCCGAGAGCGUUCACUCAGCAUGGGGGACGACCAGCAAAUAUCAGGGAGAGGGGGAGAUUGGAGAACUCUCCGAAGAAGAGGAGGAAGAAAUACAUAGAGUAAAACCUGAUAGAAGAUCAGGGCCCCAAGGGAUGAGCCAGAGACCCCUAUGGCAUGCAGGCUCAAAUUUGGCUACCACUGACAUCAUAUUCCUAGUGUGCUGUGUUCCCUUCACUGCCACUCUCUAUCCCUUGCCCAGCUGGGUGUUUGGUGACUUUAUGUGCAAAUUUGUCAACUAUUUACAGCAGGUGACUGUCCAGGCCACCUGCAUUACUCUGAUGGCUAUGAGUGUGGACCGCUGCUAUGCUACUCUGUACCCACUGCAGUCAUUGCGUUAUCGAACCCCCCAGGUAGCCAUGUCCAUCAGCUUUGCUAUUUGGAUUGGUUCCUUCAUUCUCUCCUUGCCCAUGGCUAUCUAUCACCGUACUGAAAAUGGCUACUGGUAUGGUUUACGUACUUACUGCAUUGAAGCUUUCACAAGCAAGAGCCAGGAGCGCAGUUUUAUCCUCUACACUUUCCUGGGUGUUUAUCUAUUGCCUCUUCUCACUAUUUGCUUCUGCUACACCAUCAUGCUCAAGCGCAUUGGACGUCCAGUGGUUGAACCAGUAGACCAUGAUAACCAGCAAGUGCAACAUCUCUCUGAACGCUCAGCUGCCAUGCGAGCUAAGAUUUCCAAGAUGGUUGUAGUGAUUGUCCUUCUUUUUGCCAUUUGCUGGGGUCCUAUCCAGUUCUACCUGCUUUUUCAGGGCUUCUAUCUCCAUUUCCAGGCAAACUAUGAAACCUAUAAGAUUAAGACGUGGGCUAAUUGCAUGUCAUAUGCUAACUCUUCCCUCAACCCUAUUGUUUAUGCUUUCAUGGGAGACAGUUUCCGCAAAUCCUUCAAGAAGGCCUUCCCCUUCCUCUUCCGCCAGCGUGUACGGGACAAUGGCAUGCAUUCAGGCUCUCAUAACGCGGAGAUGAAAUUUGUUACUGAAGAGACCUAGAGACCUAUUGUGAGGAGAACUUGGCUGGCUUCCUUCCUGAAAAAGGAACUGACAUGUUAAAGUAAGAUGGCUACUGACUCAGCCAUAUAUGAAAGGUAAUUUCUUCUGUACCACCUACACAAAGCAUAAUUUUCUGCAUUCUAGGUUAAGUAAGUUCCAUAAUGAUAAGAAUUAGGGAUUCCAUAUUAUUCACUGUGAAUUUUAAUUUUAAAGGCUUCAGGAAUCCGCACUGCUGUA